AUGAAUGGAACAAGCGGAAUCACCGACACCAGUACUGGCUUGGAUCUGCGUGGCCUCAUACCAGCUCCCGUAACGCCUUUCAACGAGGAUGAUAGUGUUGACUAUUCCGCAAUUCAACGUCUAGGUUCCUGGCUGGGAUCCAUCCCUGGCGUCAAAGGACUUGUCGUUCUUGGUCAUGCGGGUGAGGGUACGUUCUUGACCCAGGAGGAGCAAGUCUCUGUGAUCAAGGAAUUUGUUCGAUCUGUCGAGAAUAGAAUCCCGAUCAUCGCAGGGAUUACAGGCGAGGGCACAGAAGUCGCCGCUCUCGAAGCGAAACGCGCGAAGGAUGCGGGAGCGGCUGCUGGACUGCUGUACCCUUCUCACGGCUGGCUGCGAUUUGGCUACCAGCUAGGUGCGCCGCAGGACCGGUACAGACGGGUAUUUGAAGUCAGCGGACUGCCAUUGAUUCUCUUCCAAUACCCCGACAACACCAAAGCAACAUACAGCCUCCAGACAAUGCUGGACAUCGCGGCUCAACCAGGUGUUUUCGCAAUGAAAAAUGGGGUGCGCAAUAUGCGUCGGUGGGAUACCGAGAUUCCAGUAAUUCGAAAGCAGCGACCGGAUCUGCAGAUUUUGACAUGCCACGAUGAGUACUUGCUACACACGAUGUUCGACGUCGACGGUGCUUUGGUUGGCUACGGAAAUAUAGCUCCUGAGCCCUUGAUUGAGCUGAUUGAGGCCGGCAAGGCGAAAGAUUACAAGAAAGCAAGAGAAAUUCACGACCAGCUUCUACCGGUCACCAAGGCUGUAUAUCACCGGGGCUCGCAUAUGGAAGGCACCGUUGCGCUCAAGCAUGCUUUGGUUGCGCGAGGUAUUCUCAGUCAUGCCACUGUUCGGUCACCGUUGAUCCCACUGGAAAAAGGAGCGCCGGAAGAGAUUCAUGCGGCUGUUAGUGCCGCUAGCUUAAGCCGCGUUGUUUAA